AUGGCUGAAGACUCCGGCAAUUCCUCGGCUGCGGCCUCGUCCGUUCGUGAACCUCAGGAUCAAUCCGAGAUCUUGUCCCAGCACCUCCAUCCUCAUUUCACCGGCUCGCUGCGAGAUGAAUCCCCCAUUGCUUCCGGAAUCGAGAGAGACCACCAUGAGCCGGAGAGCUCAACUCUCCCCGUGGAGGAUCCGCCACAGUCCUCGCUCAAACUCCAGGGCGGAGAUAUCCACCGCGAUCUGUACCGUCUCGAUGCCAAAUCGAAGCAGGCGAAACUCGACAAGCGUGCAGCCAGCUUUUCCUUUAUCCCUCGUGAACCCGAAGACACGAUCGACGAGGCAGUCACCGCCCUGGAACCAGGCAGCUUUCGUCGACAUUUCAUCCGCCAACACAACGGUCACUUCGACAAUCCCGGCGUCACCACAUCCUUUCUGGACUUUCUCGAUCUCUAUGGCAACUUUGCCGGUGAAGACCUAGCGGAGACGGAAGACGAGGAAUCGGUUGUGACGGAUGAACAAGAGGCAGAGGAAGGCCGACGACGUCCAUCAGAGCGCACCCCGUUGCUUCGGGCUCGGAAGCGCUCACGGGUUGGUCGUCCAGGCGAUGCGUCCGAUGUCAAGACUUUCUUCACUUUGCUAAAGGCGUUUAUCGGCACGGGGAUUAUCUUCCUGCCAAAGGCCUUUCGGAAUGGUGGCAUUCUCUUUUCGUCGGUGACGCUGGUUACCGUCUCCCUGAUCACCACUCUCUGCUUCCACCUGUUGCUGAAAUGUCGGAGUCAGUACGGCGGUGGGUAUGGUGAUCUCGGCGAACGGAUCGCCGGACCUCGUCUCCGGUCGUUGAUUCUCUCCUCCAUCGCCCUCUCUCAGAUCGGCUUUGUGUGUGCUUGCAUCAUCUUCACAGCGGAGAAUCUUCACGUCUUUCUUCGUGCGGUCGCAUCCCAUUCCAUGAUCGUCUGGUCCACCGGGGGGUUGAUCCUGCUCCAGGUGGUGGUGCUGACUCCCUUGUCCUGGAUUCGGAACAUCUCCAAACUUGGCCCAGUGGCGUUACUGGCCGAUGUUUUUAUCCUCAUUGGGCUAGGUUAUAUCUACUACUAUGAUAUUGCAACUAUGGCCGCGCGACACGGAUUAGAGCCGAGUGUCCAGCUUUUCAACCCCAGUUCGUUCACCCUGACGAUCGGCUCCUGCAUCUUCACCUUCGAAGGCAUUGGUUUAAUCCUCCCGGUCCAAUCCUCUAUGAAACGACCGGAGCAUUUCAAUUACCUGCUCUACAUUGUCAUGGCAAUCAUUACCGUCCUAUUUACUGCAGUCGGAGCGCUAUCCUAUGGGACCUUUGGCGAGCAGACGCAGACGGAAAUUUUCAGUAAUUUUCCCCAGUCGAGCCCCCUCGUCAACACCAUCCAGUUCCUCUAUUCCUUGGCCAUUCUCGUUGGGACUCCAAUUCAGUUGUUCCCCGCCUCCCGCAUCCUGGAGGGCAAACUCUUUGGUCCGAAAUCCGGGAAGCGUGACCCGUCGAUAAAAUGGAAGAAAAACGUGUUUCGGACGGGGAUGGUUAUUGCCUGCGGAAUGGUGGCUGGGGUUGGCGCCGGGGACUUGGACAAGUUUGUCUCGUUGAUCGGGUCGUUUGCCUGUGUACCCCUGGUGUACAUCUACCCAGCCUACCUGCAUCGCCGGGGAGUUGCUCAGUCGACAUGGGUUAAACGGGGCGACCUCGCCAUGAUGACACUGGGGUUGGUGUUUAUGAUUUACACUACGACGUCCACCAUUUCGGUAUGGAUGCAAGGUAGCCCGUGA